AUGCUGAUUACGCCGCGGACAUAUUAUCUUGCGCAACAUUCAAAUCAACGGAAUUCAUCUGAUGACCGACAAUAUCCCGCACGAUUCCAUUCCUUGACGGGCUGGCAUACUACUGACGGAGCAGAUGCCCACAGAGCACGCAAGAUGCUGUUGGUUCAUCAAUCAGGUUAUGUUCGGGUUGGCGAGGCUGUCAGAUAUACCUUGACCUACACGCCAAGUUCAGACCAAAUCUUACCUACCCCGGCCGAACUUCAUCUUAGAAUCAAGAAUACAUCUGCAAUUCCCCUCCGAGCUGCGUACCUCCACGGACCGUACACUCUCUAUACAUCAUGCUACCCGUCAAAUUUCAACCCUGAUCAUCAAUAUCAGGACGCUGAUGUUAGAGGUGUCCCGCAAUUCGAGCCUAAUUUAAAAGCCGGGGGAGUGUGGACAGCCAGCAUACCGAUCCCGGAGAGUAUACGCGUUAUAACCCCAUCCGGACCCCGGCUCCAGUCUGUUGGUGAGAAUAAUGUAACAUGGGUCAUCGAAAUAGUGUCCCAGGUGAUAUUUUCUUCGUCAGCAGCGGUCCAUUACGAAUUUCUAGUUUCCCGUGACCGAAAAUCACUUGACCUCGGUGUGAGCAGUUCUCCAUCAUUGACUGGAUUGCCUCCGCCUACUCAUAUGCAUGAGCUGCAAGACCCGAAAACACGAGAUGGGUUCGCUUCGAUUACAGUCUCGAAAGGUGUUUUCUCUAAGUCAGUGUCACUAGUCUUCGAUGAUAUCAGGAGUCUCUGGAAUAAACCCGGUUUUCCAUCGAUAGAAGAAAAGGAGCGUCAAGCAUAUGGGACAACUGCUUCUGAUACCCAACCCCCGAAAAGUAGCAAACCUACUCGAAAUCCUACAAACGACGCGGGAAGCACCGGGGAUAAACAAAAGCGACGACGCGUACACUUUGUCGUGUUAACUCAUGGCUUGCAUAGCAACCUUGGCGCCGACAUGCUGUUUCUAAAGGAGAGCAUUGACGCCGCGUCCAAAGCAAAAAGAGAAUCAGAAAGGCGCAAGCAGUCGAGUAACGAUCACUCGUCCUUAAAAAAUGCCGGUGAAGGGAAUGGGGAAAUCGAGGAUGAAGAAGUCAUAGUUCGUGGGUUUUCAGGGAAUGCCGUUCGAACUGAACGUGGCAUUCAGUAUUUGGGGAAACGACUGGCAAAAUAUGUUCUGCUUAUGACAUAUCCAGACCAGCCCUAUGUCCCCAAGAAAAAGAAGGCGCGCAAGAAUUCCUCAUCGCCAUUUUCUAAGCUUAAAUCUCCCUCUGAACCUUCAAAAGGCGAGACUGGCCAGGACCUGAGUCACGAAGACCGAGAUUCUGAAUAUCAAAUAACCAGUAUAAGUUUUAUUGGACAUUCGUUAGGGGGGCUCAUACAAACUUACGCAAUCGCUUACAUUCAGAAGCAUUCACCGGAAUUCUUUGAUCAUAUCAAACCAGUCAAUUUUAUCGCAUUGGCUUCACCUUUUCUUGGGCUCAGCAAUGAAAACCCAAUUUAUGUUCGUUUUGCACUGGAUUUUGGUUUGGUCGGCAGAACUGGCCAGGAUCUCGGUCUCAGCUGGACAGCACCAAAAGUACGAAAUGGUUGGGGUGCUGUAAUUGGCAGAUUUGGCGGCGAUGCACGCCAUUCUCCAGAACGGGUAACCCCAGCUUCCAAACCUCUGCUACGGAUUCUGCCCGCCGGACCGGCCCAUCAAGUUCUGCAGAGAUUCAGAAACCGAACGAUAUAUUCAAAUGUCGUGAAUGAUGGGAUUGUUCCUUUGCGCACAUCAUGUCUAUUAUUUCUUGAUUGGAGGGGCCUUGAUCGAGUCGAAAAGGCUCGGAGAGAAAAUGGUCUCGUGGGUACCAUGGCAGAAUGGGGUUGGGCUGAACUUACAGGAGCCAAUUCAAGCUCGCCGGUAGGUAAUCGUUUCAAUACGGAGAAUCCCUUGGUGCAAAUACCCCGCGAGGACGUCAAAGAGAAUUCAACGCCAGAGCUUAGGGAUCCUGGGGCGAGUCCUCCAAGAUCGCCAAUUCCGGGGCAAUUCUUCAAACAGCCAUUACAGUCAGAACCAGGAGAGAUAUUGCCCGUCGAAUCACAUCAUAUUCCCAAGGAUCAUGGUGUUUCAUCACCAAACCCGUUCAGUCAUCUGCUAUCGAUUUUCCAGUCAUCAAGUACCAAGGGCUCUUCUAGCAAAAAAAGCACCAAGAUAUUAAAGAGAAGUCAGACACUUGGCUCACCAAGUAUUUCUUCAAACAGCUCCGCCUUUUCAUCUACCUCUCCCCACCCGAUCGUGAGAGGUAACUCGAUAUAUGAGGAGGAGCUCAACGCCCCUCCCAGGACCACGAUAUUUGAGUCUGCCGGUGAUGUUCUGAGGCCACCGUUGCCUCCAACUGAAUUUAUAUUGAACCCGGCCGCAAGGCCACGAACGAUUUUCCAUGACCGUAUAUACCACCCCGAUGACAUUCCACCACCUAUUUCGAAAAGGCGAGGAACUCCAUUUUCUGGGGUACGACGGGCAACAGCAGAGAGCGCGAAAUCUCCAUCUAACCCUACUGAGAGCGUGUCUACAAGCGGCCUCAAGGUGGAGGAGAAAAUUGCGAGGGCAUAUCACCAUGAAAUCUCCUGGCGCAAGGUUCUCGUGAGACUCGAGCCGGAUGCACAUAAUAACAUCAUCGUACGACGCAUGUUUGCGAAUGCUUACGGCUGGCCAGUGGUCAAACAUCUCGUAGACACUCAUUUUGGGGAUACCUAUGCUGCCAAUACAGACGAUGCUUUAGAGUCAAAUAUGGAGAAUGCGAAACCAUUGAACAUCAGAGCUACUGAUACUGGAGAAGAGGUCGUUGGACAGACCUCAUCUUCGCCGCAGACACCACGGUCUGUUGACAGGCUCGCGAGAGGUCAAACACCAGUACCACCUGACAGCAAUGCUGAUGCGCGCCAGCGAACGUCUGGUUACGAUAUAGAUGAAUUCCAUGCGCAUCGGGAAUUUCCCGGCUCCGGAGGACGAUCACGACACUCGUCUGUGUCCAGGUCAGAGUCUGCCCAAUGGACCGAUCGAUACUUCUCCGAGGAUGACUCGGGUUUCGAUACGGAAAACGAACGCGAAGGCCGCUCUACUUAG